AUCGCCGCACACACUAUUAGUCGCUCUGCCAAUUUCUUCCAAACAUGCUUUCAAUGAGGACAAAUGGGACCAUCCCCCCCAUUUCCACCAGACAAUUCCGUGGGAACAGAUAUGAACUCUGGAACGUACCUCGGUGAACUUCUUGGUAGCGCUCUGCACAUUUCCCGGGUUCUUGUCAGGGUGAUGUGCAAAGGCAAGCUUUCGAUACGCCCUCUUGAUCUCGGACUCCGAAGCGUCGGCAGAGACACCAAGAGCAUCAUAAUGGCUGGUACGCUUAAUGGGAGCCGUAAAGAUCUCAGGCAUGUUUGCGUUGCUGUUACUGUAAUGCACUGUACUGGUUCAAAAGGUCCCUCUCUUUUUUUUUGUUCAAAACCCUUCCUUCCACCUUAAAGGUAAACCGGGGAGCUUAUCGAGAAAUAGACCAGUUUUCUUUUUGUCUCUUUUUUUUUCCCCUCUGCCUUCCUAGGUCAACUAAGAGGAGGUGGGUCGCAGAAAAGAAAGAAAGGGAAUGGAAUUAAAUGAAAUGAAAUGCUGGUUUGGUUAGAAAAAGAUAAGUCAUACGGUGGUGAAAGGAAAUGGUAGAGAGGGGGGGGUAGGGGAAAAUAAUACGGUAGGAUGUACAGGAAGGCUAUGAGGCAAAAUUACCCCUGAGCCCUCUUACUUUUAUGUUUACUCGAGUACUCGUACGGACAGACUG